AUGGACGGCAUUAAGAAGACGUUUGCGCAAUGCAAGAAGGAGGGCAGGUCUGCCCUCGUCACCUACGUGACUGCAGGUUUCCCCACGGCAGAGGAGACGCCAGACAUCAUGAUGGCCAUGGAGGCCGGAGGUGCUGACAUUAUUGAACUCGGCAUGCCCUUCACCGAUCCCAUUGCCGACGGCCCAGCAAUUCAGACCGCCAACACUCAAGCCCUCAAGAACGGCGUCACAAUUGGCCAUGUCCUCCAGAUGAUCCGCGACGCGAGGAAGCGGGGUCUGAAGGCACCAGUCCUCCUCAUGGGAUACUACAACCCGCUGCUCAGCUACGGCGAGGAGAAGAUGCUGCAGGAUGCGAAGGAGGCCGGAGCCAACGGCUUCAUCAUGGUCGACCUGCCACCGGAGGAGGCUCUGCGCUUCAGGAACUUCUGCCGUAGCUACGGUCUUUCCUACGUUCCCCUCAUCGCACCCGCUACCUCGGAGCACCGCAUGCGCGUCCUAUGCAAAAUCGCCGAUUCCUUCAUCUACGUCGUAUCGCGUAUGGGCGUUACCGGCGCCAGCGGAACAAUGAACGCUGCCCUUCCCCAACUCCUCGAGCGCGUCCACAAAUACUCUGGCAAUGUUCCGGCGGCUGUCGGUUUCGGUGUCAGCACACGCGACCACUACUUGAGCGUAGGCAAGAUCGCUGAGGGUGUCGUUAUCGGUUCCCAGAUCAUCAACACAUUGAUCAAGGCUCCAGCAGGAGAGGGCGCAAAGGCAGUUGAGAAGUACUGCGACGAGAUCUGCGGCAAGAGCACCCGCGAGACAACUCGCGAGGUUGGCAUUGUUGAGACAUUGAACGAGGCCAAGGAGCCCACCGGCGUCCACGUCGACAAGGUCAUCACAGAUGCCGACACACCAGACGGCCCCGGUCUCGCCGACCAACUGGAGAUGCUCAACACUGACGAGACGGACGGCGCGAAUGGAACCAACCAGCAGAAUGGAUUUGACGAGAAGCACAAGUUCCCCGCACGAUUCGGCGAGUUCGGCGGGCAAUAUGUGCCUGAAUCUCUCAUGGAUUGUCUUUCUGAGCUCGAGGAAGGUUUCAACACAGCGAUCGAAGACCCCAAGUUCUGGGAAGAAUAUCGAUCCUACUACGACUGGAUGGGCAGACCAGGACAUUUGCAUCUUGCCGAGCGCCUUACUGAGCACGCUGGAGGUGCUAACAUCUGGUUGAAGAGAGAGGAUUUGAACCAUACCGGAAGUCACAAGAUCAACAACGCUCUCGGACAGGUACUCAUUGCCAGGAGACUGGGAAAGACUGAAAUUAUUGCUGAGACCGGAGCUGGCCAGCACGGUGUUGCGACCGCCACCGUCUGCGCCAAGUUCAACAUGAAGUGCACCAUCUACAUGGGUGCCGAGGAUGUCAGGCGUCAAGCCUUGAACGUCUUCCGCAUCAAGUUGCUCGGUGCGCAGGUCGUUGCUGUCGAGGCUGGUGCGCAGACCCUCCGUGACGCCGUCAACGAGGCCAUGCGCGCUUGGGUUGUUCACCUCGACACAACCCACUACAUCAUCGGAUCCGCCAUCGGCCCUCACCCCUUCCCUACUAUUGUCCGUACUUUCCAGUCGAUCAUCGGAAACGAGACCAAGGAGCAGAUGCAGGCCAAGCGAGGCAAGCUCCCCGACGCUGUAGUUGCUUGCGUUGGUGGUGGCAGCAAUGCCGCGGGCAUGUUUUACCCCUUCUCCAAGGACAUGUCCGUCAAGCUUCUCGGUAUUGAGGCUGGUGGUGACGGUAUCGACACAGACCGCCACAGUGCAACACUCUCCGCUGGAACCAAGGGUGUACUUCACGGCGUGCGUACCUACGUUAUCCAGAACCAGCACGGACAGAUCAGCGAGACUCACUCGGUCUCUGCUGGUCUCGACUACCCCGGUGUUGGCCCGGAGUUGUCCAGCUGGAAGGACAGCGACCGUGCCAAGUUCAUUGCCUGCACCGAUGCCGAGGCGUUCAUCGGCUUCCGUCUCAUGUCUCAGCUCGAGGGUAUUAUCCCCGCGCUGGAGACCUCGCACGCCGUUUUUGGUGCCAUUGAGCUGGCCAAGACGAUGAACAAGGACCAGGACAUUGUCAUCUGUGUGUCUGGACGUGGUGACAAGGACGUGCAGAGUGUUGCGGAGGAGCUGCCAAAGCUAGGACCCAAGAUUGGCUGGGACCUGAGGUCCUCCACCCUGGACGCCUUGAGCCCUUACCGUGACGCUGCGCCCAUCCAAGCCUUUGAGCUUCAACCACUCACCACAUUCCCAAAAGAGACACGGCGCGAGACCAAGAGGGAACAAAAGCGACGGGAGAAGCUCGAGCAGCUUCGCGAGGCCGACGAGAUGAAGUUCUCCCACAGCCUGCAGUUCAAUGCAGUGCCGGACUGGAGCAACCACUACAUUGCCUACAGCAACCUCAAGAAGCAAAUAUACAGCCUUGAGACGCAACUCAACCAGAAGCAGGCGCAUACCGAUGCCGAGUCCUCACCACUCCUCAACGGGGAUGCCGAUGACCCUGACAAGGUCUUCACGAAUACCCUCGACACGGAACUAGAACGCGUCACGUCUUUCUACAAGCUCAAGGAGAAUGAGAUCUUCGAGGAGAUGGAGGCCCUGCUCAAGGACGAGGAGCUGUUCGAGUACCACCAGGAAGAGUACAAUGAGGAGAACGAGAAUGCGCCGCCAGGGAAGAAGAUGCGCAGUGGAAGUGUCUUCAAGGCCAUCGGCUUCAACCGACCGCGGGCCAUGAGCGGUGCGAGCGGGCGAUCAACAGACCACGGCGCAGAGGCAGAUGGAGACGAGGACGAUUCGGACGAAGACGUCGACGAGACCGCACAGCUGCGUAAGAAGAGCCCAGACGGUCAACGGCGACGCAGACGGACGACCGACGAAGACAUGGCAGCCUCGCACGUGUCCUCGAGACGGAAGACGAGCGUCGCAUUCGAGGACUACAACGACAUGGCUUUUUCUGCGCUGUACGACGAAGGCGUGUCGCUUAAGAAGCGGGCUGUCAGUGUCUACGUUUUGCUGUGCGAGCUGCGAUCUUUCAUCCAGCUGAACAAGACGGGUUUCGAAAAGGUGCUGAAAAAGUACGACAAGAUCAUGGACCGCAAACUCAAAAAGACAUACCUGAACAAAUACGUCUACCCAGCAUAUCCCUUCCAGCAAAGCACCAUGGACACGCUGACGCGGAACCUCGAGCGCAUGGAAGAAGCGUACGCGCAGAUCGGCACAAAGGGCGACAUUGUAGAGGCGAAGCGCGAACUGAGAUUACAUCUGCGAGAACACGUUGUGUGGGAGAGAAACACAGUUUGGCGAGAGAUGAUUGGAAUCGAACGGAAAGCGCAAGCGGCCAAUAUCGGUAUCAGCCAUACACUGCUCGGACGCGACACAACGGGCGGCAAGAUCAGGCGACAAGGAGACGAGGUCGAAUCAGACAUGAAGGAGGUGGAUACACCGAUUGGAAGAUAUCGGUGCCCGCAAUGGCUCGUCAGCAGGACCUUUUGGAUUCUGCUUGCUUGCAUAGCGGUCUUCGUCGUGCUGCUUGUGGUGCCUAUUAUGGAGGCGCCUGAGCAGCAGAACUGUCUGGCCAUGGUGAUCUUUGUCAGUUUGCUAUGGGCCACCGAGGCUAUACCUCUCUUCGUCACUUCACUCUUGGUACCUUUCCUCGCAGUAACACUGAAUGUAGUCCGAAGCGAUGUGGAGCCUCACCGGAGACUGGAAUCUAAGGCAGCCGCAUCUUACGUCUUUUCCGCUAUGUGGACGCCAGUCAUCAUGCUGCUACUCGGUGGUUUCACGAUCGCUGCCGCGCUAUCAAAGUACAACAUCGCCAAGAUGAUGGCUACCUUUGUCCUCAGCAAGGCCGGAACGAAACCAAGGACCGUCCUUGUGGUCAACAUGUUCGUCGCCAUGUUUGCCAGUAUGUGGAUCAGCAACGUUGCCGCACCCGUGUUGUGCUUCUCCAUCAUCCAGCCCAUCCUCCGCAACCUCCCCGCCGAUUCCGACAUGACCAAAGCACUCCUCAUGGGCAUCGCCCUCUCCUCCAACAUCGGCGGCGCCGCAUCCCCCAUCGCCUCGCCCCAGAACCUAAUCGCGCUGCAAAACAUGCACCCAGAACCUUCCUGGGGCGUAUGGUUCUUCGUCGCACUCCCCGUCUGCAUCAUCUCCAUCCUGCUAAUCUGGGUCUUCCUCCUCAUCACCUUCCAACCCGGCCGCGGCACCAGUAUCGUGCCCAUCCGCCCCCUGAAGGACAAGUUCACCGGCGUGCAAUGGUUCAUCAGCGUCGUUACGCUCGUCACCAUUGUCCUGUGGUGCGUGAGCCACCAGCUUGAAUCCAUCUUCGGCGACAUGGGCGUCGUAGCCAUCAUCCCCAUUGUCCUCUUCUUCGGCACCGGCAUCCUGACCAAAGAGGACUUCAACAAUUUCCUCUGGACCAUCAUCAUCCUCGCUGCCGGCGGUCUGUCCCUCGGUAAAGCGGUUAAUUCAUCGGGGCUGCUGCAUACGAUCGCGGAGUCCAUCACUGCCGGCGUCGAGGGCAUGAGUUUGUAUGGCGUUCUCGUCGUGUUCUGCGCGUUGAUCGGCGUGGUUGCUACGUUUAUCAGUCAUACCGUUGCGGCGCUUAUUGUGCUCCCGCUUGUCCAGCAGGUCGGGCAGCAGAUGCCGGAACCGCAUCCUAAUCUGCUGGUUAUGGGCGCGGUGUUGAUGGCUAGUGGGGCGAUGGGGCUGCCGACUAGUGGGUUUCCUAAUAUGACUGCGAUUAUGAUGGAAGACCAACGUACCGGCCAACGCUACCUUGCCGUGAAGCACUUUUUGACGAGGGGUGUGCCGGCGAGUAUUAUUACCUUUUGUGUUAUUAUUACGGUUGGGUAUGGGUUGAUGCUUGCUCCCUCUUUACGAAAGAACAAACGCAGACAGAAGGCCAUCUGGAAGACCAUGGGCAUAAUAUUCGGGUUCUUUCUUACAGCUUUCUUCGCAGCGCUGGGACACUUCAUGCUCUUCAAGAAUCUGAACGGGAGACAAGUCGACACUAGCUUCCUAACGCAGACACAAGUCUCGGCAGUCUCUAUCCUGCUGAGCACAAUCUUCAAAGCUGCACUAACUGCUAGCAUGGGCAUGUGCUUCGCUCAACAUCUGUGGUACCUCUUACGCGGCACAGCAAUGUCUUUGUCGACAGUCGAAAUGCUCUUCGUCAUUCGCACAAACAUCGUUGCGUUACUUAACCCACACGGGAUUCGGAGAGCACCUUUACUAUUCCUCAUGGCACUUUUGAUUUGGUGUGUUGGACUUGCAACGGUCUACCCGCCAGGAGCACUUAUUGUGGUCUUCAAAGCUCAAGAGUUCACUGAGCCCCGCAAUCUAUCGGUCAUGAACCCACCUCUUCCGCUGCAUUUGGAUCUGGCUGGCGUUGAAGACUUCCCUACUUUAGGCGGUCAUACGCUGACCUCAGGAUCUGAGGCGUCUCCCAUGGGAGCUCAGCAGAAUCCUGAGUUAAGAUGGUUCUCGUACGACGAACCUGAUCCUGCACUGAUGUUCAUUGCACAGGCGAUCGUGUUCAACAAUCAGAUGUUCACUCUUCCGGGUCAUCCGGGAGAAAACUCUAGUUAUCAUUUGGAGUUCAGAGGUCCGCAAUUCACCUGUACUACUGAACAGUACAACAGCGACGUCGCAAUUGACUAUAAGCAGCGACUUUACCUUGAAGUACCAAUGUUCACAACGACAUGGGAUCAGGAACAACUAAUCUACUCGUCGAAGCGAUAUGACAUUUCCAACUAUACUGUACAAGGUGACCCGAGCAACGAGAUAGUCGGAGAGGCCAAUUGCCGAGUUGAGGAACAGAUCUGCACAGCUCAGUCUGUGCUCUACGAUGUUGCCAUUACGUUUCCGCGCGGUGUCCAGACAGUGGACUUGGAAAACUCUUUACUCAAGGGUACCAUCUUUCACACGGACCGAUUCGUCCUCGGCUCAGACUUCAGCAGGUAUGACCCAAGGCGAUCGCUCAACAUGACCGAGGCCAUGCUCAAUGAGGUGUUGGCCAACAUUACCAUUUCUGCCAUCUCACUUGGCACCUGGUGGGACAUGGUCCCAGUGACGAGUACCCGAUACCGGAGUACAUAUAAUCUCAGUGACCCGCUGAAUCUUAUUCUUCCAUACAGUAUAUGUCUAGCAGCAGCGACUGUCUUCAUGGCUAUUGGGAUAUGGUCGCUAUGGCGCAAUCGCGCGCCCGCGGUCGAUGGAGGCUUCCUCCAAAUCAUGAUGGCGGCCGUAGGCGAUACGGAAAUGAGCCGAGUUUUACUGGAAGAAAGGGUAGCUGCAAUAGAUGACAUGACCGAUGAGUUGAGUAGCUUGAAGAUUCGCUACGGUGGACUGGUGAAUGAAAACACCGCGGGGGCAGAAGGCGAACGAUUGGGGUUUGGCACCGUGAAUGAGACCAUGUCGUUGAGAAAGAAGAGAUGA